AUGGACGGGUCAAACGGCCUGUUGGAGGGCCGAGUCAGUACGAAGAAGACUCGCCUCACCCGCUGGCGGCAGCACCUAGCUCAAGAUGUCGACGAGUCCUGGGCUGACCUGAUUCUCAUCAUUCUCUGCCUCAUUUCCGGCAUUGUCGAUAGCGCCGUUUUUAACGUCUGGAGCUGUUUCGUAAGCAUGCAGACAGGAAACACGGUAUACGUUGGGCUUGGCGCCUCUGGCCAGCCCCUCAGCCAACCCUACCGCUGGGCCAAGUCCGGCACCGCGAUCCUGAGCUUUUGUCUAGGCAACUACGUCUUCAGCCGGUUAUGUCGCCUCGCCGGCCCCCUCAGGCGGGGCACCAUGUGCGUUUCGUUCCUCGUGCAGGCUCUGUUCUGCCUCGCUGCCGGCCUGCUGGUCGUGACCGAUGUUGUUCCAAAGGGCGCCGGUAACCUGCUGCCUCACAACUGUAUCGUUUUGCUGCCAUUGGGCAUGCUGUCGUUUCAAUCGGCGGGACAGAUCACCAUGAGCCGCGUACUGGCGUACAACGAGCUACCCACGGUUGUGCUGACUAGCACAUACUGCGAUCUCUUUAUCGAUCCCUACCUGCUGACAUCGCCACUGAAGGAGAACUCGAAGCGAAAUCGUCGCGCACUGUCGGCCGUGGCGUUGCUACUGGGUGCGGUUGUUGGGGGCAUUUUAACCAGGGAGGGGAGCAUAGCGGAUGCGUUGUGGAUCACCACCAUUGUCAAACUUCUGCUUGCGGGAGCGUGGCUGUUCUGGAAAGGCAAGGGUUCUAUCCAGCUAGACUGA